AUGGUUGCCGACAAACGCUUAGAUCCGGCAUUUGGUCAAGGAAACCCUGAGUUUUGGAGAGAGAUCAUCAUGCUCACUCGUUACAAACAUGAAAAUCCUGUCUCUUUGUUGGGUUUUUCAGAUGAGGGUGGUGAGAAACUCCUUGUGUACGAGUAUCUAUCUAACCAAAGUCUUGACAAGUAUCUUAGCAGCACUGAUCUCUCUUGGAUCCAACGUCUUAACAUAUGCAUUGGGGCGGCUCGCAGGCUGGAGUAUCUUCACAAUCCUGGAAAGACCACAUACACCGUGAUAUCAAGAGUUCCAACAUAUUGUUAG